GUGAAUCUGAUCGGAAAAUAUUCGUGAUCCUCGAGAAAUGGGAGCUCCGGGAAGUGAAGACACCGUAGUGAUAGAAAUGGGGAAGAAGAUGGGAGAUACUCAUGUAAUCACCGUGAAUUGUCCAGAUAGAACUGGUUUAGGUUGCGAUAUCUGCAGAAUCAUCCUCGAUUUCGGUCUCUACAUCACAAAAGGAGAUGUGACAACAGAUGGAGUAUGGUGUUACAUAGUAUUGUGGGUGGUUCCUCAUUAUGAUUCACUUAGAUUAAGAUGGUCACAUUUGAAGAAUCAGCUUGUAUCUGUAUGUCCUUCUUGUUCAACCUACUUUGUGCUCAAUUUGAUGUCGCCUUGUCCCGCAUCAACGCCUGUUUACUUGUUGAAGUUCUUUUGCUUAGACCGGAACGGACUCUUACACGAUGUUACUCAAGUACUAACUGAGCUUGAGCUCUCUAUUCAAACUGUGAAGGUGACUACGACGCCUGAUGGGAGAGUUCUGGAUCUUUUCUUUAUAACAGAUAAAAUGGAUCUUUUACACACAGAAAAGCGCCAAGAGGAGACACGUGGGAAGUUUCGUUCUGUCUUGGGAGAAUCAUGUAUAAGCUGUGAACUUCAGUUGGCUGGUCCUGAGUAUGAAUGUCAUCAGAAUGUUCCAUCUCUUUCUCCAGCAGUGGCUGAGGAAUUGUUUACGUCUGAGCAGUUCACCGAUGAAGACAAUCGUGCACAGGUUCUUAGUGACGAUAUGACAAAGCUGAAGAAUGUCAGUGUUACAUUUGACAACUCCUUAAGCCCGGCUAACACUUUACUCCAGAUACAAUGCGUUGAUCACAGAGGCCUUCUCUAUGAUGUAUUAAGAACCUUAAAAGACUUCGACAUUCAGAUAUCUUAUGGCAGAUUCUCACCUCAAACACAAGGUCAUCGGGAUCUAGACCUCUUUAUUCAGCUAAAAAAUGGGAACAAGAUUGUGGAUCCUGAUAAACAAAAUUCGCUAUGUUCACGCCUGAAAGCUGAAAUGCUUCACCCUUUACGUGUCAUAAUAACAAACCGAGGGCCAGACACAGAACUUAUGGUUGCUAAUCCAGUUGAGCUAUCUGGAAAAGGCAGGCCAAGAGUGUUCUAUGACGUUACCCUUUCACUAAAAGUGCUUGGAAUCUGUAUUUUCUCGGCUGAAAUAAGAAGGUACACGGCUAGUGACCGAGAAUGGGAAGUGUAUAGAUUUCUUCUGGAUGAGAACUGUUUGUUUCAGCUCGGUAGUGCUUGUGCUAGGAAUGAGAUUGUUAAUAAAGUUCAUGUAAAUGCUUUUACCCGUUUGGCUGUUGGUAAAUCCUCUAACAAUCAUGGAAUCCCACACAUAUCGAAUAAUUUCUUCGGAACAGGAUAGUGAGAAAUUGAGGACAUUGUAGCGUUAGCUAAAUUUCGAAUCUCAAAUAAUUACAAAGUAGUUUUGGCAAUAAGGGCACAAAUUAAUG